AUAUAUUUGUAGAUAUUAGUAUAAUCACAGUAAAAUCAAGAACUAUAUUUUUCUAUUGCGGAGUUGCGAUUGCAAGCCGGAAGCGUAUUCAUUGGGCGAGGAGGUUCCUGUUCGAAAAAGGAGGAUAUAAAGCUGAAAAUCAUGGCAGAAGCUGAGGGCAAGCCUGUGGUGGAAGAGGAGCAUGAUGAUCCUAACUACAAGGCCCCGGCCCAGAAAUCCGUCAAGGAAAUUUUGGAAGCCGACCAGGAAGAUGAAAGUUUACGUAAAUACAAGGAAUCCCUUUUAGGGGGCGCUGUCAAAGAUGUCAAACCUCCAUUUCCUGACGAUAAACGCAAUGUAAUAGUUUCCAAAUUGUCCCUGGUAGUAGAUGGCCGAACGGACAAAGAAUUAGAUUUAACAGGAGAUUUAUCUAAACUUAAAGAGAAAGUCUUCACGAUCAAAGAAGGAGGAAAGUAUCGAAUGAAAGUGUCGUUUUACAUACAGAGGGAAAUCGUCUCAGGGCUGCGUUACGAACAAAAAACAUCCAGGAAGGGGAUACAAGAUGUGCUUGGUGCUGUGGACAAGACCAAGUUUAUGGUUGGUAGUUAUGGUCCCAAAGAAACUGCUCACGAAUACCUGACCCCUAUAGAUGAAGCGCCCUCUGGGAUGCUGGUUCGCGGUACUUACACAGUGGAAAGCAAAUUUACAGAUGACGAUAAAAAUUCCAUUCUGGAGUGGAAGUGGAAAUUCGAAAUAAAGAAAGAGUGGGAUGAUUAAUUGUGGACUAACAUAUUAUUCCAUUGCUGUAGAAUGAUUGAAAUUGCAAUAUAUUGUGGCCUUUGAAUUGGUACUGCAAUGAAAAUGGUAGAAAUAAUUGUAUUUGGCAACGGCUUUUGAAUUUUGUGCAUUUAUGAAAAAUUUACAAGUAAAGGUUAUAAAGAAAUUUAAUUUUCUGCUGUCUUGCCUCACAGAAAGCGAUCCCACCUUGAAAGAUAUUUGUGUGUUUAGGUUAUAUUGAUAAGUGACUUGUAUGAAUUUACUACUUGUGUGAUAUUAGAGCUAAAAAGCAUGGAAGCUGUUAUUGAAAUUCUCUCCAGUGCCAAAUGCCAAUGUGGAGAAAUGCUUUAAUUUUUUUUUUAUAAAUUCUUUGCAUCUUCUACUAAUUGACAUUAAACAAUGUGCUAGUGCCAGUUCUGAUAUAGUGUAGUCAAAUGUUUUUUACUGCUAAUGUAGUCUAAUGUUAUGUUACGAUUUGUAACUUUGCUGUCUUUGAUCUUAAUAUUUUUGUAUAUGUAUACUCUUUCUGUGUAUACCAUGAAAGUGAAAGGCGUGGAUCAUUCCUUUUUACUGGUGACGUGCUGAAUUGUCUGCCUCGGAGUAUAGGAAUGCCAUUUUUAAUGAAUCUGUUUUUCUUGCUUGAUUUAAUGUGUUCUUAAGUGCAAUGAUCAUGCUAGUACAUUGAAUUUAAUUGUGUUUGAAGAUAACUGAAUCGUGUAAGCUUAUUUGUGUUAAGGAGAACAUUUAAAACUGCUUGCUGUUCAUUGAUAUAAUGACAUAUUCUGCAGGUGGGUGGAUUUAACCCAAAAAUUAUGCCAUUUGGAUUUUUAUUUUUUUCAUGCUUUCAUAAAGGGUUUAUAAAACUGGGCCCCAACAUUUUUCCUGCAUACUACAUUAUCACAGCGUUAGAAAAUAUUCCACAAAGUCAUUUCUCUCUCUUGAAAUUAAUGAUCUGUAAUUCACCAUUGAUGAGAACAAAACGUGCGAGUUUCUGUGUUUAUCUGUUAGUGCUUUUUCCCCAUGGUGCCUGUAUGUUUCGUUUGGUGCUGCAUGCUCUAUGCAAGUAGAGGCUGGAUGGAGGGAGAGAUACUGUUACAGUUCUGUUUCAGGUGUCAAAUUCUGUAUCUGUCACUUAAUAAAUGUGUACACAAUCA